AUGGAAAAGAUCCGACAACAGGGGUUGUUCGAUAUCUUCGGUAUCCCACUGGUACUCCAACGAAUGCCAAAAAAGUUCGAUCCUGACAUGGAGCCUAAGGUCAUGGUCCCAAUUUGGCUAAGAGUUAUGGACCUACCGCUGGAGCUAUGGAAUCUGACAGCUGUGAGUAAAAUUGCAUCCUGCUUCGGCACUCCUCUCCCAACAGACAUCAGCACACUUAGACGUGAGUCCCUGGAUGGCCCAUGCAUACAAGUCAUAAUCGACACAACGAGGAGGCCCAAAGAAUCACUCACAAUCCAAUUGCGCAAUGGGGACUUUGUCGAGCAAAACGUUGAGUACGAGUUCUUCUCUAAAUUCUGCAAUGCUUGCAAUGAGGAAUGGAAGUAG